AUGUAUAACGGCAUAGGGCUUCAGACGGCCCGCGGGUCGGGGACCAACGGAUACGUGCAGGCGAACAAAUUCGUGAUUCGCCACCGGCACACGAAAUUCGAGGCGAAAGAGUUCCAGGAAGGCGCGGGAACGGGCGGAAUUAGCCGCAAGGCGAACAAAGAGAUCCUGGAGCAUGAUCGGAAGCGGCAGAUCGAGCUGAAGCUGCUGCUGCUGCGCGAGACGCUGGAGGAGCAGGGGUACCUGGAGGAGGAGAUGGAGGAGCAGAUGGAGCAGGCGCGCGCGCAGCUCGAGGCCGCCAUGCGCGAGGAAUCGGAGGACCAGGCGCUGGAGUCGCUAGGGAACCAGACGCAUCAGAUCGUGGCGCGCAAGGAGAAGAAGAUGGAGACGCUCAAGGCCGCUCUGCGCAUUAACGAGUCUGCUAAAGAAGGGGACGCGUUCGACCGCGAGCUACAGGAGCAGCGGCGGCAGGAGCGGCAGCUGGCGCGGGAGGAGGCGGAGGAGGCGCGGCGGCGGGAGGAGAAGGAGCGGGAGAAGGAGGAAAGGCGGAGGGAGAAGCAGAGACGGAAGGAGGAGAAAGAGAUGAAGAAGAGGCUUAAGAAAGAAGAGAAGGCGCGGAGGCGGGCGGAGGAGGAGGCGGCGGAGCGGGAGGAGGAGAUGAGGCGGAAGGAAAAGAAGGCGCGGAAGCUCCGGGAAGCGGAGGAGGCGCGGCGGGCGGAAGAGGCGCGGGAAGCGGAGGCGCGGAGGGCGGAAGAGGAAGUUAGGCGGAGGGAGGAGGAGGCGGAGCGCAGGGAGGCGGAGAGGUUGAGAUCGGAGCGGAAGAGGGAGGAAGGGCGGCGGAAGGACGAAGGGGAGACGCGGAGGGGAGACGAGAGGAGGGGGAGGGGGAGAGAGGAGGAGCAGGGGGGUGAGCGGAAGAAACAGCGGAGGGACGCGCGCGCCACUGAUGCUGCUGAUGAUGAUGAGGGCGAGGACAGGUGGAUGGCUGGCAAGAGCAUCUCGUUCAAGAAGCGCGAGGGGGUGAGGGAGGGGAGAGGGGAAUCGGAGAGCGAGGAGGAGGAGAGGGGGCGCAAGGGGGAGCGGGAGCGGGAGCGGGGGAGGAAGGCAGCGCAGGUUGAGAAGGACUCGGAGGGUCGUGGCAGCAGGCAGCAGAGGUCGUUCCGCGCCGAGCCCAAAGACCUCUCGCCCAAUCGCCGCUCUGCCUCUCCCAAGCGCGCCCGCUCUCCCAGCCCCAAGCGCUAUCGCGCCUCCAGCCCCAGAGCCGCCCCUUCCCCCAGUCCCCAGCGCUCUCGUUCCCCCAGCCCUAAACGCGCCGCUCCGCCCACGUUCAAGCGCGCCCGCUCCCCCAGCCCCAAGCGAGGCCGUUCCCCCAGCCCUCAGCGACGGUCAGUAAGGGCUGCUGCUGCUGCCCCUGCCGCUGCCGCUGCCGCUUCCCCCACCAGCUCGUCCGGUCCCUCGUCGCCCUCCUCGUCUCCCUCUCGCUCGCCCUCCAGGUCGCCCGCUCGCUCACCCUCUCCUCCCCGCCGCAGGCAGGUUGCUGCUGCUCCCAGGCCGCGACAUGACAGCAGGAGCGCGUCUCCCCCUCCCAGGGGGGCCGAAGGCGGGGGCAGAGGGGGAGUCAGGGGUGGGGGUGGGGGCGGGGGCGGUAGGGGCAAGGGUGGGUCUCCAGAGGUUAGGGGGAGGGAGGAUGGGUCCCCUGUACGCAGGGCUGGGGGCAAAGGCAGGAAUGUGUCUCCUGCUCCGAAAGGUGGCAAGGGGGAUUUGCGGGGGAGCAGGGGCGAGGGCAAGGGGGCAGGGGGGAGGGAUGUGUCUCCUGAGGUGAUUCUUGCAAAGGCGUAUCGCGGUUGUGAUGAAGAGAACUGCUUAUGA